CGUGUCGUGGUGCAGUGGCCGACCAGAUGCCCCUCGUGUGCGUCAUGGGAGAGAAGACCAGCUCUGCCAACGCGUUCCCGGAUGACGGGCUGUGCGACUACAUCUUCUUCGACUCGCUCUACAAGAACGGCCGCAACAUGGUGUCCCGGAAGGCCACCUACAGCAACAGCCUGAACACUUUCCUCAACGAGCACCCUCCUUACCAAACCACGAGCCUUGGAGUUGGCUUCUCGUACCACUACCUACCGAUGGCGGAGGAAGAGCUGAAAGGGAGAAACCCGAGUCCACUCGCAUCCUUCUGGCAACAGGACGUCUACCACGUGGGGAUCCUCGACACCCCCACGCUGAUGCCAGAAAAUCAAACCAAAGCGGCCAUUUCCACACUAAAGGAAAUAGAUAGUCUACUCGAAACGCGGAGACAGCUGGGAAAGGUCUUGAUCUCGGUGCUCGCCAUACCAGACCCGGAGUUGGACUGGAGCUUGGAGUUUGCCAUCUAUUUCAGCGAUGUCGGCUUCACUCCAAGCAUGGUCAUAUCUCUCGGCCACUACCGCUUCGGCGACAACACGGUCAAGAACUGCGUCAUCAUGCCUCCGACACGGCACCCAUUCGACCUUCCACCGGACGACAUCGCCAGGGACUACAACUAUGAUUUGUCAACUGCCGUGUUUAGCAUCCGAGAGCUGUACCACAAAAGAGCAAGCAGCAGAGGUCUGGUGUCCGUGACCAUGAAGGGCCGUUGGACGGUGCCUAUGUCCCCGGACCACGUGGACUUCUUCUCGCGCUGCCUGUCAGACCCGAGCAGCAAGUCCGACUUUGGCAGCUACACAGAGGUGUGUGCUGACGCAAGGUCUGCAUCCGGUGUCAGGAACAAGGUGCAGCUAACUUUCUCCAGCAAGCACUGCGCCAUGCUCACCUACAACCCGAGCACCAAGCGCGCGUUCGUCUAUGACAACGAAGAUGCACUGGCUCUCAAGCUGUGUAGCGCAAAAGACCAAGACCGCGAGCUGAAGUUUGGUAUCGCAGCUUACGACAUCGACUACGACGAUUACGAAAACCAGUGCGGCUUCCUGAACAAGUAUGGCCGGCACAGCCGCUUGAAGCAGCUGAAGAUGAUUAUUGACUACUUCAGGACCCAAAGUGGCCCCCCGUUCAACGAAGAAGCCUGCAGAGUGUUCGGAGCGGGAGACGGUCGCGGUUGACACUGCACUUCUCGGAUGCCAUUCCGCUUGCCAGAGCGAUGCUGUAAAAUAUAGUACCCAUGGUUUUGUGGUUACGGAUGUAUUUUAUGUUGCGUAUAGUAGUAGACGACAAUAUAAUUUGAUAAAAAUAACUUCAUUUCGGUGCGAUACACAUCUUUGUCCUAAUCAGUUCUGCAGAAAUUGGCAAAGUAGAUAAAUUAAUCUAACAAUUGUCAUCCUCUCGAGGGCAGCGCGAUGCUGCAAAAGAAAUUCACACGAAUUUCUUGGAGAGAAAGCUUCGUAGCUGAAG